CUGUUAUUUUACGUCGUUUUUAUUUCUCUCGGCAACUAUUCUAAUAGAUUAAUCAAUAGCCAUUUUCUGACCUUCGGGAACCCCAGCUGAUGCUGUUUGUGGCCGCAUGAAAAAAUACAUACAGGAAAACACGCUCGCAUCCAGCCGGGAAAGAGCAGGCAGGACCUAAGUGGUUUGGUUGAGGGAGGGGGAAAAAGACAUCUCAGCAGGUGUCUUCCCCAGAAUGAGCACUGAGGCCAGAGGGGGAUCUGAAGUCUAAUUAGCAGGAGGGAGCCGGGUGCGCUGCUCUUACUCUUUAAAGCUAAAAACAAUAAAACAAAAGGCAAAACAGAGACUAAGUUUUGCUUUUCAAAAGACGGUAUGGGAACCUCGUUCUAGGUCGCCUGUCCCUGUCUAAGGAGUGUGGCAAAGGGGGGCAGAGAAGGGGGAAUGGAGAGGGGGCGGGGAAGGCAGGGCAGCGACAGUCGCACAGUCCCGCGGACGCUCUCAGGCCCACGCCCUCACUCGCUCACACCCACCCACACUCACACCCACCCGCUCCCUGGGUCCCAGGGCCCGGCUCCAGCCUGGGCGGGGGGUCUCCGGGCGGACCGGAGCGCCCUCGGGGCCCGGGGGAUGCUGGCGCACAGUGCGGAGCGGAGUUGCGCGUCUCUGGUCCCUUUGUUGACAAUUCCCUGAACCAACUUGAGUUUGGCCGGUUCCGCCGCGGCCCUGACGUCACGCACGGUCACGUGGCCCCGCCUCCCGCUGGAUCUUUAAGUAGAAAGUAAUCUAUCAGGCCAGUCCUUAAAACGGGACUUUCGACUACCGGGGCUUCGGCGUCCCUGACACCCAGCCCCCUGCCCCCCCGCUACUGCCCCUGCCCGCGCCCUCCCGAGCUGCUCGGCGCCCGGCGUCCCGCGCCCGCCUGGACCGCUCCUGCGCCCCACGCCAGGGCCAGAGGCCGAGGAAGGCCGGCUAAGUGAGGGGGCGCGGCGUGGAGAACUGCCGGGGCCGGGAGUGGUAGCGAGCGCCUAGUACCGAGCGCCAGGGACGGCAGGAGUUCGCGGAGCGCGGCCGCUGGGGGCGGACGGCAGAGCCCGCGCCGCGCGAUGCGGGGCCGCCGAGUGUGAGCUGAGCCGAGCGGGCCCCAAGCCACCUGCGGCCCCCUCCCCUCUCCCUGCCCCCCAUCUUUCGGGGGCACUCAAACCCUCUUCUCCUGAGCUCCGCGGCAGCCCCCGACCACCCCCAUCGCCCUCUGCCCCCUCCCCGCCGCCGCUACCAACCCCGAGGAGGGAUGACCCUCUCCGGCGGCGGCAGCGCCAGCGACAUGUCCGGCCAGACGGUGCUGACGGCCGAGGACGUGGACAUCGAUGUGGUGGGCGAGGGCGACGACGGGCUGGAGGAGAAGGACAGCGACGCGGGUUGCGAUAGCCCCGCGGGGCCGCCGGAGCUGCGCCUGGACGAGGCGGACGAAGUGCCCCCGGCAGCACCCCAUCACGGACAGCCUCAGCCGCCCCACCAGCAGCCCCUGGCAUUGCCCAAGGAGGCGGCCGGAGCCGGGGCCGGACCGGGGGGCGAGGUGGGCGCGCCCGAGGCGGACGGCUGCAAGGGCGGUGUUGGCGGCGACGAGGGCGGCGCGAGCGGCGGCGGGCCCGGCGCGGGCAGUGGUUCGGCAGGAGGCCUGGCCCCGAGCAAGCCAAAGAACAGCCUGGUGAAGCCGCCCUACUCGUACAUCGCGCUCAUCACCAUGGCCAUCCUGCAGAGCCCGCAGAAGAAGCUGACCCUGAGCGGCAUCUGCGAGUUCAUCAGCAACCGCUUCCCCUACUACCGGGAGAAGUUCCCCGCCUGGCAGAACAGCAUCCGCCACAACCUCUCACUCAACGACUGCUUCGUCAAGAUCCCCCGCGAGCCGGGCAACCCGGGCAAGGGCAACUACUGGACCCUGGACCCGCAGUCCGAGGACAUGUUCGACAACGGCAGCUUCCUGCGGCGCCGGAAACGCUUCAAGCGCCACCAGCAGGAGCACCUGCGCGAGCAGACGGCGCUCAUGAUGCAGAGCUUCGGCGCCUACAGCCUGGCGGCGGCGGCCGGCGCUGCGGGACCCUACGGCCGCCCCUACGGCCUGCACCCGGCGGCGGCGGCCGGUGCCUAUUCGCACCCGGCAGCGGCGGCGGCCGCGGCGGCUGCGGCAGCGCUCCAGUACCCGUACGCGCUGCCGCCAGUGGCGCCGGUGCUGCCUCCCGCCGUGCCGCUGCUGCCCUCGGGCGAGCUGGGCCGCAAAGCGGCCGCCUUCGGCUCACAGCUCGGCCCGGGCCUGCAGCUGCAGCUCAAUAGCCUGGGCGCCGCCGCGGCCGCUGCGGGCACAGCGGGCGCCGCGGGCACCACCGCGUCGCUCAUCAAGUCCGAACCAAGCGCACGGCCGUCGUUCAGCAUCGAGAACAUCAUAGGUGGGGGCCCCGCGGCUCCCGGGGGCUCGGCGGCGGGCGCUGGGGGCGCCGGCGGCACUGGGGGUUCCGGGGGCGGCAACACGGCGCAGUCAUUUCUGCGGCCACCCGGGACCGUGCAGUCGGCAGCGCUCAUGGCCACGCACCAACCGCUGUCGCUGAGCCGGACGACUGCCACCAUCGCGCCCAUCCUGAGCGUGCCGCUCUCCGGACAGUUUCUGCAGCCCGCAGCCUCGGCCGCCGCCGCUGCAGCCGCCGCCGCUCAAGCCAAAUGGCCGGCGCAAUAGGGACGCGCCAGUGGCCGGUACCCAGGGCCCGGCGGCGGCCUCGAGCGGCAGCUGCACCUCCAGGCUGCGCGCCCCGUCCCGAGCCCGGUCCCGGUCCCGCUGCCCAAUCCUGGACUCUGCCUCUCCCCCAUUUCCUUUCCCCUGAGCCCCCAACGCCUACCUUCCGCGGCCUCCACCCCCUCGCGCACACUUAAGCUGGUCGAGCAAACUCACCGCGUGCCCGCCGGGAAUAGCUUUCCAUACAGGUAAAACCGAAAACCGAAUUUUCCAAAAAUGCACCCCGACGGCGCCUGCUCUUAGUACCGUGGGGAUGGGAGGGAAAUUCUUUGUAUAUAUUUGUAAAAAAAUUAUUGACUUUCCUUUUGGGGUUUUUAUUUUUUUAAGAAAAAGCAAAUUCCGUAGAUUUAGAGCUCUGAACUUUCAUUUUUUUUGAAGGUUCACUCUCCGAAGUUUUAUCUGAGAAAAGAAUGUAUAGAGACGUUGGGAGAUUUUAAAUAUAAAAAAUUUUCAAAAAGGCAAAAAGUGUCAUUCUAUUAUAAAAGUCUGUUUAUAUAUGAAUGAAUAUAUAUGGUAUUCUAAAUGUUAUUCCAUCGUGUUGUACACAACUUUGUAAAUAAAUUUUUAAAAUGCC